CGAGAAGCCUGGUUACUCAACAUCGCAUGCCUCCAGACAGAGCGUUGUUGUUGUGUAUCAAUUGAUACCUUAACCUCACUCAUAUUUUCGAUAUAUGCUGCCUCGCAAGCCUUCAGAACCCAGCCCUAACUGUGCCUGGUGCCUGGGGUCAAGCAGAUCGGCGCGGCCCGAUAUCCAGCUUCCAAAAUGCCGACGUCAACCCACCUCAACUUUCUUUCCCCGCGUUCUUAGUUUAAGCACCUCAUUUACUCUAGCAUGUCGCCUUCCAUUGAGCCAUGCAAGAUGAGCGCAUCCAAGCAAUCGCGUCAUCAAAUUCUUCAAUGAGCACCGUGUAGAUAGCAUCGCCGCCACCUCCCCUCCCCUUCAACCAUGCUAAUUUAAUAACUACAAUUGCCCCAUCAUAGACAAGAUGUGAGCCAAAGGUCCGUCUUGAUUGUCAUCUUAGUCAAGGUUGAUCGAAUCAUGGGUCUCAAAAUAUUCACCAAGUCGGCAGACAUCGAGGCUGAGGAGCGCUCUGAUGAGUUCAGCGUCAUCAACGAUGGCAAUCUAAACUAUACUGCUGCCGGGGGAGCCAAUUCUUCCAAGUUGACCUAUCAAGAAGCCAGCGGUGCUCCCAUCGAGACCAAGUCUCCCUUGGGAUACUCCGUAGGCGCGGUGACGGUGAUUGGCCUCAACCUGAACCAAAUGAUUGGAACCGGUGUUUUCUCGACUCCUGCAACGGUUCUCUCCGGAGCUGGCUCAGUGGGCCUUGCUAUGUUUUACUGGGUGAUUGGCUUUUUCAUGGCCGGUAGCAUGCUUGGAGUGUACCUCGAGUUCCUGUCAUAUUUCCCGAGUCGGUCCGGCUCCGAAGUGGUGUACCUCGAACAGUCAUACCCACGACCGAAAUACUUCUUUCCUACAGUCUUCGCCAUGCAGACUGUUCUCUUCUCAUUUGCCAGUAGUAACGCUGUUGUGCUGGCCAACUAUCUCUUCAAGCUCGCCAAUGUGGAUUCAACCGCAUGGAUGCAGAAAGGCGUCGCAGUGGCUGCGUACACAGUUGCCGUCCUUUUGCUGGCUUUUAACACGAAAUGGUCGCUUCGGCUGACUGAUGCCAUCGGAUUCGUCAAGACCAUCACACUGAUCUUUAUCGGAGUCACCGGGCUCGUGGUCCUCGGCGGGCACACAUCUGUCAAGGAUCCCACCGUCAACUUUCGGGAUGCCUUCGCUGGAACUUCGGAAGCGUCAGUAUAUGGUGCCACGAAUGCCCUGGUCAAGGUCAUGUUCUCGUACGCUGGCUACAACAACGCAUGCAAUGUGGCGAACGAAGUCAAGAACCCAACCAAAACGCUCAGCUGGAGCGCUCCAGCCUCGCUCUUCUUGGUCGCGGUGCUGUACAUGCUUGCAAACAUUGCGUACUUCUCUGUUGCGACCAAGGAGGAGAUUCUCAACUCCAGCACGGUCGCAGCUGGCCUCUUCUUCGAGAAAGUUUUCGGAUCGUCGGGGGCAUCCCGGGCUCUCAACUUCCUGAUCUGUCUCAGUGCCAUGGGCAACUUGCUAGCUGUGCUCAUCGGACAGUCUCGAGUGCUUCGAGAAUGCGGAAGACAAGGCGUCCUCCCCUUCACGGCAUUCUGGACCUCAACCCGCCCCUUCGGCACCCCCCUGGGCCCAUACUUCGUGAAGUGGUUCCUCACCGUCAUCAUGAUCCUGGCUCCCCCAGCGGGCGAUGCUUUCAGCUUCGUUGUGGAUCUGGGCGUGUACCCCAGCAACGCAUUCAACCUCCUCCUCGCCGUCGGGCUGCUUAUCACCCGCCGCCGCCGCCAGCGCCUGAACAUCCCUUCGUCAGGCUACCAAGCAUGGACCGCGACGGUCGGCUUCGCCAUCCUCUCCAGCUUAUACAUGCUCGUGGCCCCGUGGUACCCGCCUUCCACCGGCGCGGACGGCGGCGACGUGAGUUUCUGGUACGCGACCUAUUGUGUCGUGGGUCUCGCUAUUGUCGCCCUAUGCGGAGCCUACUACUACAUCUGGAUCAAGGUCCUCCCGCGCCUCGGCCGCUACGAGUUCCGCCAGACCCAGAUCCAGGUCGACGAGGACGCGACGGCCAAUAAGCUGGUCAAGGUGCCCGUGGACCGGCUGGAGGAGUGGGAUCGGGAGCACGAUGCGCUGGGCCGAGUGCGGCAGAGGGCUGCUGCCCGGACGGCGUCGAAUGAGACGGGGGAGAUUGUGUAUGAGACGAAGGCAUGAUAGCGUUCAGAAUAUCUGUC